AGGAGGACAGUCGGCCCUGCCGUUUGCAUGCGACUUUGCAAGACUCUCCGAAGAUGAACGUUACCAAGGGUGGCCUGGUGCUCUUCUCUGCCAAUUCCAAUGCUUCCUGCGUCGAGCUGGCCAAGAGGAUUGGAGAGCGUUUGGGAGUUGAACUUGGCAAGGUCCUGGUGUACCAGGAGCCAAACAGAGAAACCCGCGUGCAGAUUCAGGAGUCGGUGCGAGGGAAGGAUGUGUUCAUCAUUCAGACAGUUUCCAAAGACGUGAACACCACAAUCAUGGAGCUAUUAAUCAUGGUUUUAUGCCUGCCGGACGUCAUGCGCCAAGACGAUCAGCGGCGUCAUCCCUUACUUCCCCUACAGCAAGCAGUGCAAGAUGAGGAAGAGGGGCUCCAUUGUCUCCAAGCUGUUGGCCUCCAUGAUGUGUAAAGCUGGUUUAACGCAUCUCAUUACUAUGGACCUGCAUCAAAAGGAAAUUCAGGGAUUUUUCAACAUUCCUGUGGACAAUCUCCGAGCGUCUCCCUUCCUCUUACAGUACAUCCAGGAAGAGAUUCCUGACUACAGAAAUGCAGUCAUAGUAGCCAAAUCUCCGGCAUCAGCAAAACGAGCCCAGUCUUUCGCCGAACGGUUACGGCUAGGGAUCGCGGUCAUUCAUGGAGAAGUUCAGGACGCAGAAUCUGAUCAGGUGGACGGGCGACAUUCCCCGCCAGCCGUCAAGAACGUUGCUGCCAUUCACCCGUCGUUGGAAAUACCCUUGAUGUUCCCUAAAGAGAAGCCCCCUAUUACAGUUGUCGGUGAUGUUGGUGGAAGGAUAGCCAUUAUUGUGGAUGACAUCAUAGAUGAUGUAGACAGUUUUCUUGCUGCUGCCGAUACACUUAAAGAACGAGGGGCCUACAAAAUCUUUGUCAUGGCCACACAUGGUCUCCUGUCCUCCGAUGCUCCACGGUUAAUAGAAGAAUCUGCUAUAGAUGAGGUUGUCGUCACCAACACGAUCCCCCACGAAGUUCAGAAACUGCAGUGUCCCAAGAUCAAGACGGUGGACAUCAGCAUGAUCCUGGCCGAAGCCAUCCGGCGGAUUCACAACGGGGAGUCCAUGUCGUACCUUUUCAGAAAUAUAGGAGUGGAUGAUUAA